UCAAUCCUUCAAAGAGAAGUCGAUCUCUUCGCUUAUUUAUAUGUGACGAGCUCAGCACGUUCUGGUAUAUAACUGCAAACAAAAGCAAAAACAGAUACAGAAGCCGAAAGCAAGUUGUUUUGAGAGAGAGAGAGAUGGCGGAUCUGCCACCAGGGUUUCGGUUCUUCCCCACCGAAGAAGAGUUGGUUUCGUUCUAUUUACGAAGCAAGCUCGAGGGAACAAGACAGGCUCUACUCGGGCUUUUUCACCGGGUCAUACCUGUUCUUGAUAUCUACGAGUUCAAUCCGUCGGACCUUCCACAAUUGGCGGGAGAUCUAUGCCGCGGAGAUCCAGAGCAAUGGUUCUUUUUCAUCCCGAGGCAAGAGACUGAGUACCGCGGCGGGAGGCCGAGGCGGCUCACGACCACUGGGUAUUGGAAAGCUACGGGCUCUCCUGGUUUCGUCUACUCGAGCAAUCGCAUUGUGGGAGUGAAAAGAACUAUGGUGUUCUAUACAGGACGGGCACCGAACGGCGUGAAAACUGAAUGGAAGAUGAAUGAGUACAACGCCAUUGAAGGGGCGGAUUCUUCUCCUGAAGAGAUCCCAGUGGUGCCAACGCAUGAAUUCAGUGCGUGCCGGGUGUACAAGAAAACGAAGACCUUGAGGUCAUUCGAUCGGAGACCGAUGGGAGAAAUCAUUAGAAGCAGGCACGCAUUUCUACCGAACACCAUGCCAGAUGAUGAUCGACGUCCUCAGGAAAUGACAUCAUCUCAUUGGAGCAGUCCUCCAUUCACGGAGAGAGCAAGCUCAUCGCCAGACAGUUCAGGCGCCUCCGGAGACCAUGGGACAAUUCCUUCGCAAGCUGGAGGACUAGGAAGCAGUACUGACAUGGAGAUGCUGCCCGGGGAUAGCGAAUUGUUCUUGCAGGAUUGGGAACAGCUCUGGUCCUAACCAAGAAGACAAAUUCAAUAGCUAUAAACAAACAAUAGCAGAUUCAUGUUGUCAUGGUUAAUGGUGUAACUCUUAAUCGCCUCGGUGGUGCUAAGCAGAUGUGUAGUUUUUUCGAAUAUUAAUGUCUGUUCAAAGUGGGCUUGUAUCCUAAAUUUGACCAUGGAUGUAGAACUGAUAUAGAAUGUCCAAUCGAUGUAUUUUUCGUGCACCA